AAUUUUUUACUUUUCUCAACUAUGAACUGCGCUCUAAGCAUAACCAAACCCAUGCUAUGUGUGGGCGGCAUGGGCGUUGACAUCGUGGAGCAAUGCAACUCAAUGCCCGCGGGAAAGUCGGAUCAUUUAUCCGUCGAGGCGCAUUGGCUGCGAGGAGGCCAUGCGAGCAAUGUGAGCUACGUGCUCCGCUUGCUGGGCGCCCAAGUAGAGUUCCUUGGCGUGCUGAGUCGGUCCAGCCUGCUGCGAGAAAUUCUGGCGGAGAUGGAGCACAUCAACAUCGACCUGAGCCACUGCCCGAGAACAGACAAAAGCCCGGCUUUCACCACGGUGGUGAUAGAUCGCCAGACUGGCUGUCGCUCCAUUCUGCAAUGCAGCAGAAAGUUUCCAUACAUCGGCAUCGAGGAGUUCAAAAAGCUGGACCUCGAUCGCUACGGCUGGGUGCACUUCGAGGCGCGCAACAAGCUGGACAUCAUUCCGAUGAUGCGGGCCAUACAUAACUACAACAGCGGACGCACAGAGCGCAUCAAAAUAUCACUCAAGGUGGAUGGCUGCUACAACGAGAACAAGGAUCUCUUCGACAUGUGUCACUACUUGAUAUUCUCGAGGCAGCUGGCCCUGGAUCUGGGCUGGCGCACAGUGAAGGAGACCUGCUUGGGAUUGGAUAAGACUCUGCCCUUGCCACACUCCAUUCAGGUACGCAGGCCAAAUAUCCUUUGCUCCUGGGGACCGUACGGUGCUGGCUGCCUGGACACUAACGGCCAGUACUACGACCUGCCACUCCCUGCUGGCAGGAAGCCGAUCGAUACUUACGGAGUCGGCGAGUGCUUCACAGCUGGCGUCAUCUAUGCGCUGUACUUGAGGAAGAUGCCUCUGCCUGCGGCUGUGGCCUAUGGCAAUCGUGUGGCGGUGUUUAAGACAACUCGAAUGGGCUACAAUCACAUAGCCAAGUUCCAGAUCUAUCCGGUGACCAUAGAUAAUGACGAUAAGAAGUCGGAACGUUAUUCAGAGGAUGAGUCGGAGCAAUACAUUUGCAGAAAGUACAGGAAUCGCCAAUUCGAGACGAGCGAUGGCAUACUAUCUACGAAAUUAAUGAACAGAUUCGAAGUGAUUGAGCCUGAGGAGAAUGUUUCGAACGCGAACAGUGAACUAGAAAUCCAACCUGAGGAUCUAACUGCGUCGAUGAUGGGCCAGCAAACUACACGGCGUUUGUCGAAACGUCGAACUUCACACGGGCGUAGAAAAAGUGUUGCAUUAAGGGUGUCCCUAACUAAGAGGAGUGUUAGUCAAUCAAAAUAAACUAUGAAAAAAACUAUAAUUGGGAAAUAAAA